GAUAAAAGUCUCGUGCCAGGGCCCCGGGGCAGGAACACACACACCUUGACCAUCCGUCUGUCUGUCUGCAUCUGUGUGACUGUCUGUCUCUGCCAUGUCUCUGUCCCCGUGCCGGACCCAGAGGGGCUUCAGCGCUCGCUCGGCCUGUUCUGCUCUCUCAGGGGGCCACAGCAGGGGCAGCUUCAGCAGCAGGAGCCUCAGUUCCUUCGGCGGGUGCAGGGGGGGCUCUCGUGGGCGGGGCUGGGGGUCGAGGGGAAGGCUGGGGGUGCGGAUGAGGCAGAAGAGUGGGGAGCCUGGGCUUUCCCUGUGCCCUCCGGGGGGCAUCCAGGAAGUGACCUUCGACAAGAAUCUGCUGACCCCACUGAAGAUUGAGAUUGACCCCCAGUUCCAGGUGGUGAGGACGCAGGAGACCCAAGAGAUCAGAACCCUCAACAACCAGUUUGCUUCCUUCAUUGACAAGGUGCGGUUCCUGGAGCAGCAGAACAAGGUCCUAGAGACCAAGUGGCACUUGCUGCAGCAGCUGGAGGUGAGUGACAGUCCCCGGGGCCUGGAGCCUGUCUUUGAGGACUACCUGGUGCAUCUUAGGAGGCAGCUGGAGCAGCUGCAGAGAGACCGAGGGGCUCUGGAUGCCGAAUUGAAGGCCUGCCAGGACCAGGAGGAGGAGUAUAAGACCAAGUACGAGAAGGAGGCCCACAAGCAUGCCACAGUGGAGAAUGACUUUGUGGUCCUUAAAAAGGACGUGGAUGGGGUUUUCCUGAGUAAGAUGGAGUUGGAAGGCAAGCUGGAAGCUCUGAAAGAAUACUUCUGCUUCUUGAAGCGUCUGUAUGAAGAAGAGCUGGGUCAGCUGCAGACCCAGGCAAGCGACACGUCUGUGGUGCUGUCCAUGGACAACAACCGCUGCCUGGACUUCAGUGACAUCAUUGCUGAGGUCCGCGCCCGGUACGAAGAGAUCGCCCAGACCAGCAAGGCUGAGGCGGAGGCCCUGUAUCGGACCAAGUACCAGGAGCUUCAGGCAUCGGCCCAGAUUCAUGGGGACACCAUGAAGGAAACCAAGGUCCAGAUGUCCCAGCUGCAGCAAGCGAUCAAGAGGCUGCAGAGUCAGAUCGCCAGUCUCAAGGAGCAGAAUGCCAACCUGCAGUCAGCCAUUGCUGAUGCUGAGCAGCGUGGGGAGCUGGCCUUCAAGGACGCUCAGGCUAAACUAGAUGAGCUGGAGGGUGCUCUGAGGAUGGCCAAGCAGGACAUGGCCCGACUGUUGCGGGAGUACCAGGAACUGAUGAGCACAAAGCUGGCCCUGGAUGUGGAGAUCGCCACCUACCGCAGGCUGCUGGAGGGCGAGGAGUGCUGGAUGUCAGGGGAAUACAGCAGCCAGGUCACUAUCUCAACAGCAGGAGGCAGUGCUGUGGUGUCCGGAGGAGUUGGUGAUGGCCAAGUGGGCACUUGUGGACCCAGAGGACUCGGAGGCCAGGGAGGUGGCUUUGGGUCAGGUUGCUCCAGCAUUGUGACUGGAGGCUUCAGUCAUAACCCAGGUUCUGGACAGGAACCUGCUUUGGGUUCUUGCUCUGUGUCUGGCUCUGGCUUUGGUUCUGGCUCCAGCUGCAGCUCUAGCCGCGGCACCAUCCUGAAGAAAACAGUGGAGUCAAGUGUGAAGACGUCCAUCACGUACUGAGUGACGCGGCGCUUCCCUCCUGAACCCUCAGCUCCCACCUCAUCCCCCAGCUCUGUGCGGUCAACUCCAUGUCCACGGCCUGCAGCUCAAAGCAGCCUACGUGGGUUCCAAGACAGUCAAGAAGGUCCCACCUGCCUCCUGUUCUGAGUGCUCAGCCUGGUUGGCCUUGCUCUGCAUGCUGAUUUGCAUCUCAUUUGCAUGCUGCCCAUCCUAAAUCAAGGUGCACUGUGCCUGGUCCUCCAGCCAGCUGACCACAUUCUCUCCUUUUUCCGUGGCCUUCAGGCUGAGCUGGAAAGUCUCCUGGCUGGGCUUUGCAAGGCUACAUCUCUAUUCCAAAGCUUGUCCUUUAGGAGGAGCGGGGACCUGAGGCUGGAGGUUGGAACCAAGAGAGCUCACUGUUGUCCCACCCAUGGCACACCCUGCUCUAGGUCUCUGUGAAGUGACACAGCAUCCAGUUCUCCCUGCUGCAUCUUCCUUCAUCUCUCCCCUGGUUCCCCACUUCCUGCCCUCCCCCAAAUUUUACCCAGGGCAACGAUACUUGAGGGGCUGCAAUGGGACUGGGGCUACUCUGGCAAGUGCUGGGUGUUGUGUUUCUCCCACCCUGUCUACUUCUGGGGUCUCCAGCAUAAUCCCUCCUACCUCUGACAGCCAGAUCUUCCUUCUCAGAGCCCUUGGCCUUCAGGGUCAGAGGGCGGGCCUCCUGUGACUACUUCAGAUCUCCUAUGCUGGGAAAUGGGGCCUUGUGGAAAGCCCCUCUGUGUCGUCUCUUUCAGUCCCACCCCAGUGAUGCCCCGGCUCCGGGUCUUUGCGGGACCUGGUUCUUGCUACCUGCCCCCAGCUCUCAUCUCUGAGUCUUAAUUUGGCCCUUGCACUUCUGGAUAGGAAUGCCCAGCAGGUUAAUAAUUUCACCCAGAUGCUGAGCAAUAACCUUCAAUAUGGGUUCAAAGGACAUUUUGGGGAGGCCGAAGGGCAGAGGUGGAGUUUCGCUGUGGCAACGUGCUGCUUCUCUGCUACUCUUUCCUGCCGUUCAGCCCUGCCCCCAACUUGCCCACCUCACUCAGGAUGACAUUUCUUUGUCAUCCUGGAAGUGAGGACCAGAGAGUUAAGUUGACUUGAAUGAUAGGGCUGCUUCUGGGGUGUGGGUGGAGCUACCAAGGACACCACGGAUCUCUCCAUCAAUUUUUCUCCUCCAGGAAAUCUUCCUUAAUUUCCUUACUGGACCCUUCCUGUCCCCAGCACAUUCGAGCUGCACUUGCUGCUGUCCUGAGCGGUGUCUGUCUGGUUCUUGUUGGGGACUCAGCUCCUCUGUUGGCCUGGGACCUCUGGGCAGGUUCUUCUGUACCUAGGAAGGGAAUCUCAGCUUAGCUCAGGCCUGGGGGGCUCUGAUGGGGACUGGAGGCCGAAACUGUGCCCCUGCCCCUCUCUCUUUGAGCUGCCACCCCAUGCUCAGGCCUGUCUGAACGUGAAGCUGGAAAGUCCCCCUCCUUUUCUCUCUCUCCGAGAGCUCUGCCGGAAGCCAGCAGUGUGGGAGUCUGGGCCGGGGCGAGGAGGGGCUGGGAGGAUGCCUUCUUCACCCUCCCUGGCAGUCAGGUGGCUUCUGCCAUUGCUCCCUCCCCUUGCCCCUUUACAGACUGAGGCGGGAACCUGGCUUAGCUCUCAACUCCAUACCCGGGCUGUGGGGUAUCACGCCAUCCUCACCCUGCAUCAGGGGGAUGGAAGCCCUUUUCCUUAGCUCCAUGGGUCCUCCAUCAAAAUGACCCAAGAAGAAGUUUCCCAGCCUUAGUGAAGGAGGCGUGGGUGGGUGAGACUGUGACCCUGCAGCUGGGCCUGGAGAACCAGGAGGUCAGAGACUAGCUGGGACACUGCUACCACCCCUAGAGCUGGGGUGCUCAAACACCCCAGGUUGUCCAGGACUGAGGGCGUGAACCUGGGACAAUCCUGAGAAAAUCAGAAGGAGGUGGUCAACCCGCGUGGAGCUGAAGAGACAAGAGAAGUGGCAGGAGCAGAUGCGGAGGGCUUGGAACUGGGAAGGAUCUCUGGAAACUGUAAUCCCAGAGGGGAAGGAAAGAGGGAGCCGGAAAUCGGACCUGCCCUCUCUCUCCCCCUCCUUCUGGUCUCCUGUUCAUGUUUCCCUUUGGUCAACACUGGAGGAGAGCAGGGGAGCAGCCCAUAGCAGGAGAGGCAGGUAGAGAAUAGCUCUGGGGUGGGGAGGAAGCAAACGGGGCAUAACUAGUAUAAAGAAUACCAUGCUACCACACAGCCAGUGCUUAGGCUGCUCUGGGUCACAUAGUAAGUGCUCAAUAAAUGCUGACUACAACGAUUAAUAGAUUAGUAGAAAAAUCCUACUUCUCCCUGGGGACUCCUCACCCCUGUAUCUUCCCUGUGGCUCAGCACUCCCCUGGCCCACAUCAGGGGCUCAGUAGCUGUUAGCAGCUGAUUUGCUGCAUUCCUCUGGCAGUGGCAACAGUAGCAUGCACUCUGUUUUGCCUCCUGUUGGCUGGGAAGGACUCUGAUCACCUUGGUCUCCAGACCUGGAGCCCCUCAGUCACAAGCAGCUCUCUCUUAUGGAGAAACGGAGGGGAAGAAACUGCUCUUCCUUGGGCUUGUUAAAGAAUAUUUUUGGGAAGUCAUUGAUUUGGAAAAAAAAAAAAAAAAAAAAAAAAAAAGAA